AUGACUUAUGUAGAGACGAGUAGCUUAUAUUAUGGAAAUGAAAAAAAGGAAGGUAAUAUAAAAGAGAAGAGAAGAAUAUACCCAGUUAGCUUAAUUAAAAUAAUAUUGAUUGUAUUAUUUUUGUGUUUGUUUAAAAAGAAUGAUGUUACUUUAUGGAGAGAAAAAUAUAUUUAUGAAUAUAAUAAUAAUAAUAAUAAUGAUGAAACAAAAUGGAUAGCGCCUCUUUUUAGUAUUAAUAAUUUUGUUAAAGAAAAAUGUGGGAGUUUUUUAUAUAUGUAUAUUUUUAAUAUAAAAAAAGAUGGAAUUUUAAAUAUAGAAAAUAUUUUUUUAGAUACAUUUGAUAAUAAUAAUUAUUAUUAUAAUGAUAACACAUGUUAUAUGUCCAAUAAAAGAAAUUAUAUGAAAAUAAAAAAUUUAUGUAUUUUUGGUUAUAUGUCCAAUAAAAGAAAUUAUAUGAAAAUAAAAAAUUUAUGUAUUUUUGGUGAUAUAUCCUCAAAUUUUGGAAAUAUAAAAGAUGUUGAUUAUUCUUUUAGUGAAAGAAAAAGAUAUAGAAUUUUACAAGAAAUAAAAAGAAAAGAUUCGAGAGGAAAAAGAGGAGAUAAAGAGAAAAAUGAAUCAUAUAUUGAAAAUUCAGAUAAUUAUGAUGAUUAUGAUGAAUUGGAUGAUUCAGAUGAUAGUAAUAAAAACCAGAUGCCAACAGCUUCUAACGAAGUUUCUGAAGGUAUAAUAUUUUUUUGUUUUAUUUUCAUUUCAGCUACUAUGUUACAGUUUAUAUUAUCAAAAAUUCAUAAAUUUAAUAUUCCAGUGUCAGUUAUAUGGUUUUUAUAUGGAAUGAUUACAUAUGUGAUAGCUAAAAAUUUCAAUAUGUUUGAAGAGAAUACAUUACAUAAAUCUAUAAUUAAUGCUAGAAAUAUUGAUUCUUCUGUUUUAUAUUUUAUUCUUUUACCAAUAUUAUUAUAUGAAGCUACUCAAGAUAUAAAUUAUUAUGCAUUUAAGAAUUUUUUAUAUGGAGGAAUAGGUUUAGCUGUUGUGGGUGUAGGAUUACAAGUAGGUAUAUUAGGUAUAUUAUUUUAUUAUUCUUUUAUGUAUAGACAAGAACAGAGCCCUUUAUCUAGUAGUUUUUUAUUAGCAUCUAUAUUAUCUUCUACCGAUCCUGUAGCUGUGUUAUCUAUAUUAGGUGUUGUAGAUGCACCGUCAAAAAUAAGUUCUAUGUUUCAUGUAGAAUCUUUAAUAAAUGACGGUAGUUCAGUGUUAUUAUUUCAAUUUUUUUUUUAUUUAACUAUAGGAUAUAAAGCGAAUACAUCUCAAUAUGCUGUGUUGUUUGUAAAAUUAUUAUUUUUAAGUCCUGUUUUUGGUAUUGGUAUGGCUAUGAUUACAUUUGCAUGGAUAAAUUUAUAUAGAAAACAUUAUUAUAAUCAAUGCUUAGCUACAAUAACAAUGUGUUAUUUGUGUUAUUUUGUAUCUGAAUAUUAUUUGAAUUUAUCAGGUCCUUUAUCAAUUGUAUGUUAUGGAUUAUUUAUUAAUGCAUAUGGUCAUAUAGCAUUAGAUGAGAUAGCUCAAAGAAAACAUAAAGAAAUUGUAGAAUUAUUAGCUUUAAUGGGUAAUUCUAGUAUUUUUAUUAUAUCUGGUAUUAUAUCAUUUGGAAUGAUGGAGAAUGUUUUUAAAGAUAAUUUAUAUUUCUUUUUAUAUAUUGCUUUGACAUAUGUAUAUUUAUUAAUAGCACGUACUGUUAUGAUAUUAAUAUUUACUCCCUUCCUUUCAAAAAUAGGAUAUGAAGUUAAUUGUAAAGAAAUUAUGUUAUUAAUAUGGGGUGGCUUAAGAGGUGGUAUUGUAUUAGUAUUAGGAUUACGUAUAGAAGCAGAAAAUAAAAUAAAUGAAAAACUAACAAAAGAAUUAGCUUAUUAUAUAAGUGGUAGUGUAUUAUUAAUACUAACAAUUCAAGGUUUAACAUUUGAAUGGUUAUAUAGAUUUUUAAAUAUAUAUCCUCCUAAUCCUUUUCGUAUUGUCUAUUUAGAAAAGGUUUUAAAAAUGAUUGAUUAUAAUUUUUAUAUAAGAAAAAAGAAUUUAAAAAAUUAUUGGCUAUUUAAAGGAACGAAUAUUUUACAUUUUUCUAGUAAAAUUGUACCUGAGCUAUAUUGGAGGAAGAUGAAUAAAUAUGGUGAGUUCGAUUUAAGAUUACCUGAUAUAUAUACAUGUCUUCAGGAUAUACGUACAUGUGAUAUAUCUUUCUGGGAGAGAGCUUAUGACUCUCAGACUGUUAUAGAAAGUUUCGAUGAUUAUUCAUCUAAUGAAAAAAAAAACAGGACAAAUAAUAAAGCUCAAAAAGUGAAAUAUUGA